AUGGUGUCAUAUAGUAGCAAGGACUUGUCAGAGUGGUUGUCGUUCGACCUGGUGGAGCAAAUCCUAUGGAGGCUUCCGGUAAAGUCCCUCUUGCCAUUCUGCACCGUCUGCAAGUCAUUGAAUUCCACAAUCUCCGAUCCCAAAUUCGCCAUAAACCAUCUUCUCUGCUCAAAGAAGAAUCUCACUCACCACCGCAUCUUACUUUCCCGACGUGACAUGCCACCGAAGUCUCUCAGUGCUUACCCUCUCUAUGAGGAACGCCGCUCAUGCAUUUUCAAUGGUCACCCUAAAGGGACGCCGCUCAAUUACCCCCGGAGCAAUCCAGAUUCUGAUUUCAUCGUUGGCUCUUGCGACGGAAUCCUAUGUUUCGCCGCCGUCGCCGGCGGUGAGGACAGACCGUUUCUCGUGUGGAACCCUUCCAUUAGAAAAUUUAAGGAACUGGAGCCUUUGGAAACCAAACAUCCUCAUCAGAACCCUGUUCCAAUUUAUGGUUUUGGGUAUGAUCAUUCUUGUGAUGAUUACAAGGUGAUUGCAGGGUUUUGUUAUAAAUUGCCUGGUGAUGUUUUCAAAUGCCAAAUCAAUGGUAAUGAUUUGAGGACUAACGUUUGGAGAAGGAAAAAUGUUCAGGAUUUCCCUGGUUUGCCCAUGCCAAAUGAUGAGAUAGGAAGAUUAGUGAGUGACACUGUUAAUUGGUUGGUGAAGUCUACUAGUUCAUUUGUUAUUGUUUCUUUUGAUUUGGGGGAGGAGAGUUGUCAAGAAAUUUCACAACCUAAUUAUGGAGUUGAUUCUAGUGUUUUUGUUGAUCAUCCAGAUAUGUUUUGUUUGAAGUUGGAGGUACUGAGGGAUUGCUUGAGCAUUAUUGUUCAUGUUAGGGAUUUCGAAGACAAUGAGGACUAUGAAUAUUUAUGGGUUAUGAAAGAAUAUGGAAAUCGAGAGUCUUGGACUAAACUGUUCAAAGUUCCUCACAUGAAACUCAGCAUACGACCCUGGUAUGGUUCGUUUGCCCGGAUAGUCUGUAUUUUAAAGGAUUCCAAAGGAGAUGAUACAUUGUUCAUGCGUUGGGGGUCAACUUUAGCAGUUCAUAGCUCAACUUUAACUGUUUUCAAUUGCAACCAUGAUGGCGUUUGCGUGUUUGAAAGAUUCAAACCUUCAUUUUCCCUGUUUGAGAGAAGCUGUGCAGCAAUUUGUGUCGCAUUUGUCUAUUCUCCAAUGAAAUUUGUAUACUGUGCAGCAGCUAUCAUGGAGGGUCCUCUUUCUCCUCCAUGUGCUUAG